ACUAAUGAAAAGUUGAAAACCUCGUGUGUUCAAGACGUACGCCGUCUCUGCGGCUAUGAAUUUGGAAGUGGAACCACCGUGCAAAAAGAAGAAACAGGAGGAACCAUCUCAUCCAUCGUUUUUGUCGCUUCCAGAUGUAAUCAUUCUGAACUGCUUAGCACGCGUAUCGAAAUCGUACUACCCUAAACUCUCCCUAGUCUCCAAAACCUUUCGCUCUCUCAUAUUAUCCAUUGAGCUCAACCAUGCGCGAUUUUACCACAAAACAAAUGAAUCCUCCUUUCAUAUCUGCUUACAGCUUCCUGACCGUCCUCGUCCCUCAUAUUGGUUCACCCUCUUGAUAAACCUGGAGACGAAGAAGUCUACCUUGGCACAAGUGCCCUCUAUCUAUGCUCCUAAAGCACCAUCGAUAAUGCUUACGGUUGGUUCACAAGUCUAUGCACUUAGACAAUUCUAUCAUCCUUCCCCAGUCAUGAUUGUCCGCAAUAUAGAGAAUCUUCUAUGGCGUAAAGCUCCCAAUUUGACCGUACCUCGAUCGAAUCCUGGUGCGUGCGUCCUAGAUGGUAAGAUAUACGUAGUGGGAGGUUGCACGGCAAAUGAUUGUUGGGGUGAGGUUUUCGAUACGAAGACUCAAACAUGGGAACCUUUACCUGACCCUGGAACCGAGCUACGCUUUUCUAGAGUCAUAAGAAAAUUACAGAUUUUCCAAGGAAAGAUUUACGUUAGGAGCAACGACGAAAAAGACUCAGUUUAUGAUCCGAAAAAACGUGAAUGGAACGUUGCAGCAAAAGCACUCGUGGGUGAUAGUAGGUGUGCGAUAGGUAAUCUAUUAUACUCUUGUGGUAGGAAAAGUUGCAUGUGGUACGAUAGUGAGUGUAAAGAGUGGAAACCGGUCAAGGGUUUGUCUUCACUGAAUAAGAGUUGUCGUCGUGGUUUGAUUGAAACAGUUAACCUCAAUGGGAAACUCAUAGUCUUGUGGGACAAGUUUGCGCGGCGUGGUCCUCAUUGUCAAAAUAAGACUAUUUGCUGUGCGUUAGUUGCGCUUGAAAAGCGCCAAGAUGGUCAAGUUUGGGGAAAUGUUGAAUGGUCUAAUGAUGUGCUUAGGGUUCCCAGUUCAUACCUUUUAUUGCGUUCUUCAAUAAUAUUGUCUUGAAUCAAUUGUGACUGUGCUUUUACAUAUAUAUAUAACUAUUUUGAAUCAAUCCGUAGUUUUAAAAUCAUUGGCAACAUCAACGAGAGGAUUAUGCAUUCAUAUAAAUCUGUUACAUAAUUCCCUGAAAAGUUGGUGUUUUUUUUUAAAAAUAGUUUAGCGUGACACUAAGCCAGUUUAUUUUUCUGUCUGUGUUUGGUCUUGAGUUUAAAAUACUAGAGAAGAACAACUUUAACAAAUUUAGAGUAUUUGUUUUCCUAAUCUAAUCGGAUGAGCGUUAUCAAAGGUUAGGAUUCCCGACAUGAGCGAGUCCAUCAAGAUCAUUAUUUGUAUGAUGUUGCAGUUAGUGAGAGAAUGUUGCUGUUCGAGCUUCAGUGUGAUGAAAAAGACAGGACAAGUGAUUUCUCUCUUGUCUCGAAAUAGAUUAAAGGCACUGGUUUGGCUUGAUGAUUAUGUUAUUGCAAGAACCCGUUAAAGGGGUAUAUAUAGCUUGAUCUCGUAAGUUACUGGUCAAACUGGACUGAUUUUCACGCUUCCUGAUGUGUCUGGUCCGCCACUGCUCAAGUUGAUAAAGAGUGGAAAUUGUUGUUUGUUGGUGGACAACGUUGCAGUUUUUUCGUUAUCCUCUAAGCUCACCUUAAAACCACUUAAAAUUUCCUUCACGUCUGCUAACAGCUCGCCAAUCAUCCUCUUCCCUCCUGGCUCCUGUUUCAGCCUCUGGAUUAAACCUGAUCAAAACCCUAACCAAGGGCAGUGUAUGGUUCCGUUGUGGAUUUGAGAACGGAUCAGUUAGCCAAAUACCUGAAUAGUGAAUACCAACAGGUGAGGCAAAUUUGCCAUUUACACCGAUCACUGGCAAAAAA